UCGCGCGUGCUUUUAUUGGAUCUGCUGCUGUCAAGCAGCGCUGAAGGACUGGAAAAGACGCGGAGCAGAAAAACACCUUUAUUCCGUUUGUGUUCCGCUGUUUGGGCUCCGAUUCGCUCCGCACACGCGGGGCUGCGACCCGCACACAGUCUGACAGCCUGAAGCCUUCAUCUCUUCUCCUUCUUGUGCCUGGUGUAAAGCAGCAGAAAUCGGAGGCCGUGCGUUUCUCCGUUCGGCGCUUUUUUCUCUGUCUUUCUGUAAAAAAACACGGAUUUUUCCUCCCCAUCUCGGAUGCGAGCGCACGCGCACAGCGCCCUCGGAAACUGCGCUGUUUUUGGGUGUAAAAUGUGAUAAAGGAUCGAAUCCGCAGUGUAAUGUAAUGCUGAAGGUCUGCUGGUGAAGCGCACAGGAUCUCCGGCACCAACACCGCGCUUCUCUAUUUCAGGGUGGAGUAAAAAAAAAAAAAUAAGCAUAAAAAAAUCAAACAAGGCCAAAACAUGGAGCAAACUCCGGCCUGGGACUGAGCUCAGGACCACAGCUCUGUCCUCUACUGGGGUACUGUACAGACAGGAUGACGGACUGAUGAUGAGGAUGGUCAGAAUGAUGAUGAUGAUGAUGAAGAAGAUGAUGAUGAUGAAGAUGAUGAUGUGGAAUGAAGGGGGUUUGUUCUAAAAUGGAGCUCCAUGGAGUUUGAGCGCGAGAGGAAAUCUGUUUCCUGGUCAGGGGGGAGGGGGGGAAAAGGAAGAUAAACAAUUAUCUUAUUAUUAUUAUUAGUGUCAUCAAUUAUUAUAAUUAUUAAUGCAUACAAAUAGGGAAAUAAAGGACAAGAGAAGGACAAGAAGAAGAUAAUCAAGUGGAGAACAGAAUGUUCUUGACCUGGUUUGGAGAAACUUGUGUGGAAUAUCUAAAUGGCCUUCUAGGUGGACUUUAAGAUAAAGGAACAAGCGGAGAACGAGAGCAGGCCUCGGUCGGAGGAGAAGAACUCAACGUGAAGAUCUAGAGAACAUAACGUGCCUGACCUGGUUUGUAGAACUUUGUAGAAGCAGAGAAUUUGAAAAGUCUACAAGAAGUGGAACAAGUGGAGAACAUAACAUAACAGGCCUGAUCAGAAGGACUCGAGUCAAAGGGAAGAAGAAGAUAAGCCAAAGGAGAUCAACUCUCAGCUUGGAUCGGGGGGGAUUUAGAUGAUCAACAAGUCGUCUGGGGAAUCUGAGGCCUUGUGUGGAGGAGUUGAGUUAAAAAGAUAAACUACAGAACUUCAUCUGCCUGGUCUGGAGAUCUAAAAGGCUUUCUAUGAGGAUCUAAGGAAAGGACAUAACAGGUCUGGACAAAGAAAGCAGGAGUGGAGAACCUGAGAGAGAAAGACCUAGCUAGUCGUCCUGGCUUGAGGGACACAACGAGACGAGAAGAAGAGAAAACGGGGAAGAAGCGGGAGUGAAGCAUGGGCUGUGCUUCCAGCAUCCAUAUCUCGGAUCGGGUGGUGUAUCACAGUGGAAAAGAGUCCGAGGACUGCCCCCCACACUCCCCCCCGCAGGGUAACAACACUCAGAACUGCCCCAUCAAGGCCUCUGAGCACAAGAGUUCACUGACCGAGGUACAGUUUGGACCAAUGAAGUUAUAUGAAGAUCAGAUUCAGGUACUGUUGGUGUUCAGUAGAGAGGACAGUCAGAGCGGGGGUUUCAGCAGUGCGUGUGAGAAGGCGGGGUUUAAGUUCAGCGUUGCUCGAUCUCCUGAUGCUGCCCUGCACUGCUUCCUGGAGAAACACCAUGACAUCAUCAUCAUCGACCACCGACAUUCCAGAAACUUCAGCGGAGAGCAGCUCUGCCGCUCCAUCCGUGCUGUCAGCUACUCCCAGAACACUGUUAUUGUUGCUGUUGUGAAAAGGCCGGAUCGUGAAGAAGCCACUGUGAUGCCUCUGUUAUCUGCUGGAUUUAACAGGCGCUAUAUUGAGAACUCGAAUGUGAUGGCCUGCUACAAUGAACUCAUCCAACUCCACCAUGGAGAGAUCCGCGCUCAGAUUAAACUCAGAGCCUGUAACGCCAUUUUUACAGCGCUGGAACAGAGUCAGGAUGCUAUUGAGAUCAGCAAUGAAGACCAGCUUAUACAAUAUGUAAACCCAGCAUAUGAGAGUGUGAUGGGGUACCAGCAUGGAGAGUUAAUGGCAAAGGAGAACAUUGAAGUGCCUAAAAGUGAGAAGAACAAACCAGACCUGCUUGAGAGCAUCAACUCCUGCAUUCGCAAGGGCAAGGAAUGGCAGGGUCUUUAUUAUGCCAAAAAGAAGAAUGGCGACAGCGUACAACAGAAUGUAAAGAUCACACCUGUCAUUGGACAGGGAGGUAAAGUCAGACACUAUGUGUCCAUAAACAGGCCUUUAAAUGACAAUAACAAGUCUGAACGGUCAAGUGAGCGAGUCCAGGCUGAAUCACAGACAGACAUUCAGUCCAGUAAACAUAAAGACCGGAGGAAAGGAUCGCUGGAUGUACGAUCAACUACAUCACGAGGGAGUGACGGAAGUUCUCAAAGGAGACACUCCUCUAUGGCUAGAAUUCACUCCAUGACCAUAGAAGCUCCCAUCACUAAGGUGAUAAACAUCAUUAAUGCGGCUCAGGAGAGCAGUCCGAUGCCGGUGGCCGAGGCUCUGGACCGAGUGCUGGAGAUUCUCAGAACAACAGAACUCUACUCACCUCAACUCGGUACCAAGGACGAGGACCCACACACUAAUGACCUUGUUGGAGGACUGAUGACGGAUGGGCUCCGUAGGUUAUCAGGGAAUGAGUACAUCUUCUCAGCAAAACAGUCACAUCACAUCCCCAGUCACCUGACCACACCUCUGUCUCUGAACGACAUCCCACCACGAGUCGCUCAAACGAUGGAGAAUGAAGAAUCUUGGGACUUUGACAUUUUCAGUCUGGAGGCAGCGACCAUGAAAAGGCCGCUGACGUAUUUGGGGCUAAAGAUCUUCUCGAGGUUUGGAGUGUGUGAGUUCCUGAACUGUUCAGAGGGAACUCUGCGCUCAUGGCUGCAGGUCAUUGAAGCUAAUUAUCACGCCAGUAACUCAUACCAUAACUCCACCCACGCUUCUGAUGUGCUACAUGCCACCGCCUACUUCCUGUGCAAGGAACGUGUAAAGCAAAGUCUGGAUCCGAUCGAUGAGGUAGCAGCUCUGAUCGCAGCAACAGUGCACGAUGUCGAUCACCCGGGACGAACAAACUCCUUCCUGUGUAACGCAGGAAGUGACCUCGCUAUUCUAUACAACGACACAGCCGUGUUGGAGAGUCACCACGCCGCACUCGCCUUCCAGCUCAGCACACGUGACGACAAGAGCAACAUCUUUAAGAAUAUGGAGAGGAACGAGUACCGGACACUGAGGCAGGCCAUAAUCGACAUGGUUCUCGCCACUGAAAUGACCAAACACUUUGAACACGUCAACAAAUUCGUCAACAGCAUUAAUAAGCCGCUUGCUGCCUUGGAGGAAAACGGGAGUAACAGUGAUGAUGAAGUGAAGGGGAUCCUCACUGUGGCAGAGAACCGGAUGCUGAUCAAGCGGAUGCUGAUAAAGUGUGCUGACAUCUCGAACCCCUGCAGACCACUGCAGCUCUGUAUCGAGUGGGCGGGGCGUAUCUCUGAGGAGUACUUCGCUCAGACAGAUGAAGAGAAAAGACAGGGUCUGCCUGUGGUAAUGCCUGUGUUUGACCGGAACACCUGCAGCAUUCCCAAAUCCCAGAUUUCCUUUAUUGACUACUUCAUCACAGACAUGUUUGACGCCUGGGAUGCUUUUGCUGAUUUGCCAAAUCUCAUGCAGCAUUUAGACAACAACUUUAAGUAUUGGAAAGGUUUGGACGAACGCAAACUACACAGCCUGAGACCGCCGCCUGAGUAGUUGAUCACACACACACACACACACAGUCAAUAGUAUGGCUUCGUCUUCAAUUUCUCUCAUGGACUAAAUAAAAGCGACUCUCUAAACCUGGACUUUAUGAUGGUAUGAGACUCAACGCCCCCUGCUGGUUUAAAUGAACACACACUCGGACUACACGUGUGGCCUUCCAGCGCACGGCUUUACAGGGUGUGUGUGUGUGUGUGUGUGUGUGUGUGUGUGUGUGUGUGUGUGUGUGUGUGUGUGUGUGUGUGUGUGUGUGUGAAGAGCAUCAGGAAACACUAAGAUCAUCCCACCUCACUCUCAUCCUCUACUCACUCAUUUGUCUGUUUUGUAUUUAUUUUUUUUCCUUGUUGUUCUACACUAAUCAUUAAUGAUGCGAGUGAUUUGUAGCUAAACCGAUGAAUCUCAGAAGCCAAAGCUGAUUAACACACACGAACAAUAAUCCUCUGACCCAUGUCAUUAUCAUAAACAUGUCUAUUUUUUUAACUGAACGACGUUACUUCCUGUUGCACUGUAGAGGGCUGGGCAUGUGCCGAUCAUCGAGUAGAUGAAAUAUCACGAUAUAUAUUAAUAUAUAACACGCACAAUAUUAUCUUUAACAAAUAUCAUUCAGCAGGAGGCUGUAUGGGUUUAGAGAUAAAGGAUUUCUUUUUAAAGGCCUUAGUUUGGAGAGUGAGAUGAGAAGGUGAUUCUGUUCUGGGGGUUUUUUGAGAUUCCUUUUAUUUUAUACCUUUGUUUCCUUUUUGGAUAUCUUUCUCUACAUCAUUCUUUACUUAAUUCUACUUCUAUUAUUUUUCUUCUUUUAUAACUUUUUUCAUAUUUUUUUCUUUUUCAUAUAAUUUUGCUUUUUGUUUUUCAUCCUUUUUGUAUUUUUUGCCUGCAUUUGUCAUUAUUUAUUUUCUUAAUUUUUAUUUUAAUUUUCUUUUUCUUUAGUUUUGUUUGCAUCCUUUUCUUUCUUUCUUUCUUUCUUUCUUUCUUUCUUUCUAUUUAAAAGACACAGCAGAUCUAGUAUUUUUCUUCCAAUGUGGUAUCGUGAUUUUUAUUGUGUACCGUGAUUAAUGUUUAAGCGGUUACACUGAUAUGAAUUUGAUAUCGGCAUAUGCCUAAUCAGAUGUGAACGAUGGAUGAAGUGUGUGUGUGUUUGUGUGUGUGUGUGUGUUUGUCCAGAGCCUCAUGGGAAGGCAGAGAGUUUCAGCAUGGUGAGAAUCUGUGAACCGUGUUUUGGACUUGAAUGAUUUUUUUUUUCCCAGCGAGGGUUUUUGUAUCCGGUUUAUCCUACUGAAGAGACUGCCUUAUUUUAUACGCUAUUUAUACAGCACAGCCCACUGUCUCACUGCGGCGGACACCUGUCUCACUGCGGCGGACACCUGUCUUUCUGUGGUGGACACCAGUCUCACUGCGGCGGACAUCCGGACACAUUUGUAAUAACACACCGCUGAAACAGAACGCUGAGUAAAGCUCCAUAUUUUUGUAUAGACUCUGAAUUUUACACUGGAAAAAAACACGAGCAGCAGCCGAGGAGGAAGGUGAUGGGUAAUGAUGAUGAUGAUGAUGAUGAAGCUAUGUGGAUCUGUGUGACAUGUUACAGGUGUAAAGCAAAAUUUUAUUCUGAAAUGAAGAAUAUAAAGGAGUUUUCUCUUA